AUGGACAGCAACAGCACGCAGUGGAGCUCCGGCUCUCAACCUCAAUCCAUCUUCACUGAGGUGGCCACUGUUACACCCACCAUCUUCCCUCGGGUGGGCUACAGCAUACUUUCUUUCCUCAUGUUCAUCAACACAAUGUUAACAGUGUUCAACAAUGGUCUCGUCAUCACCGUGAUGCUGAGGAAUCCGUCUCUCCUCCAGCCAAUGACUGUUUUCAUCCUCAGCCUCGCCGUGUCCGACCUCAUGAUCGGCCUGUGCGGAUCCCUGGUCGUCACCAUCACCAACUACAAAGGCUCUUUCUUUAUUGGCCACACAGCCUGCGUGUUUCAAGGAUUUGCAGUCAAUUAUUUUGGUCUGGUGUCUCUCUGCACUCUGACCCUGCUUGCCUACGAGCGUUACAACGUGGUGUGUAAACCUCGAGCGGGUCUAAAGCUGAGCAUGCGGAGAAGCAUCAUCGGGCUGAUAUUUGUCUAUAUUUACUGCUUGUUUUGGGCGGUGGCUCCGUUAUUCGGCUGGAGUUCCUACGGACCUGAGGGGGUCCAGACUUCCUGCUCCCUGGCGUGGGAGGACAGAUCAUGGAGCAACUACAGCUACCUCAUCAUCUACACACUGCUGUGCUUCAUUAUCCCAGUUACAGUCAUCAUUUACUGCUACUGCAAAGUGCUCACGUCCCUGAAUAAGCUGAACAGGAGUGUGGAGCUCCAGGGCGGGCGUUCCAGCCAGAAGGAAAAUGAUCACGCCAUCAAUAUGGUCCUGGCCAUGAUCAUAACUUUUUUUGUUUGCUGGCUGCCCUACACGGCAUUGUCAUUGGUGAUCGUCUUGGAUCCAGAGCUCUACAUCCCUCCGCUGGUUGCCACCAUGCCCAUGUACUUUGCUAAAACGAGCCCCGUCUAUAACCCCAUCAUCUACUUUCUGUCCAACAAGCAGUUCCGUGAUGCGGCUCUGGAGGUUGUUUCUUGUGGCCGCUACAUCCCUCGUGUACCCACCCCUGUCACCAUCAACAUGCGCACCUUCAACAGCAGGAACCGGCUGACUUCCUUUAGCAGAAACAUCAGCUCACACAGCAGGGUGUUGCCUCUGUGA